AUGGACGCCUUUCUGGCGCGUGCGUUGCUCAGCCUAACAGUUCUAUCGCCCGCGCUGGCCGGCAAUGCCUCGGCCUGCGAGGACGUCAACAACUGGCUGGGCACCCGUCCCAUGGCCUACUCAUGCAGUGGCGCUGGAUGCCCAGCCGGGGACUCGGCAGACGGCCAUGUCAAGAUCGAAGAUGGCGACACCGAUUGCAACAUCCUCGUGAAGAGCGGCCCAGCUACUGCCUCCGACGCCACCAUUGAGGCAUCAGCCCAGGCGCUCUGCACGGCCAACGGCGGUGGGAACGUGACGCCGGCAUACGAUUGCGACAUGCGGGGGGGCGUCUACCCAGCGGCAAGCUCGCCAGCUGAGUGCGGCGAUGCCUAUACGAAGGCGGCGUCGGACAGCCUCGCACAAAUGUGCUGCUCCAAUGAGAAAUCCGUGUGCCAUGGCGAGGGAGGUGGAGGUGGAGCGGGGUGCGCGACAGUCGCAGAUACGACCAACAUCUUGUCGAUGUACUCAGAUGACAGCUGCUCAACAGCUAUUGAUGGGGUGGAUCCUUAUCCUGUGACGACUGGCUGCUUCUUGCUUCCCGGGGACACUGCUUUUGCCAUGAAGUUGGAGUGCGAUGGGCAGAAUGUGUUGCUGGCAGGCCACUUUGGAAAGUGCCAUUGCGACGACGACCCGAACGUUAUGUACACCAUUGGGGGGAGCGCCGACACGUGCAUGAGCUUGAGCAUGUCCGGAUUGACGGGCGACAUGUCCGUGUUCAUGACCUUCACGACCAACCCGUGUGCUGGCGGAACUUCGUCAGGGGCUUUUGGCCAAGCCCCUCUAUCCUUGGUGGCCCUUGCGGUCACCGCAGGUGUGUCUAUGCUCGUCGCCGCCAUGCUGAACUGA